ACGACAUCAUGCUCGUCCCACCGUUCGCGAGGAGAGCGGUCGUGGGUUUAACCAGCCAUUAUGAGAUGACACCUUCCCGUGGACUCUUAUCCACCCUUCUGCUCUCUACUGAGAAAUGGACGGGAAGAAGUGCUAAUGAGCUUCGUCGGGAAGCCAAUGCCACAAGGCUCUCUCAAGGCAGGAACACGCGAGUCCUGGUCCGGAGAUUCGCUGAAUCGCUUUGCGCCGAGGUGCACACACAACUGAAGCCCGCUGCUUUCGCCCCCGCCGCACGAAUGUUCGUAACGAGCGCACAAUCGGACCAAGGCGACGCUUCCAGUAAAUUCACCCCUCGCCGACGCAAGGUGUUGGAAAUUAAGUUACCCGAGGAGCCAGAGGUUCCGGACGAAGGCCCCAUUAUUCCUUACUUGCCCGACAAUUUCUUGUCAAAAGAAAAAUGCUCGACCCAGGCCCACCCCGAGCGUAGCACUCCUCGCGUAAUGACUGUGGCAUCUGCCUCAACUCAUCAUGAUGGAGGACCCUCUCACAACCUGCAUGAAGCUGGUGACGCCCAUCUUUUCGAAGUUGGCGAGCACGGACAGCAUGAAUAUGGGGCUUCGGAUACUCCUAGUCCUGGUCACGGCUCGAAUAAAAUGCUCUUUAGCUUGGAUUCGUUGCCUGGAGAAAUAUUGGAAGUAUCUGGAAUCCCAAAAAUAUCACUUCCUUUUUUAAAAGUGAGUGAAUCAGAGGCUCAACCUGGCACGAGGUCUUCCGAACUUGAUGGCGAGCAUCGCAAAGGACUAUUCGUCUUGGGUGGUAUUCUUGGG